CUUGCCAUUCAUUGAAAAGUGUUAGUAGCCCAUUUUAAAUUGUCUUUACCUUAAAGAACGGAAAGCUUAUUAGUGGGGGGUUUCAGUACCGGGCCACUGUCAAUGAAGCAUAUCAAUUUGAGCAUCAUAAAGUGUUUGUGUUUCUAGUUUCUAGUUGUUCAAUAUAUAUCCUCUCAUGUGAAAAAAGUUGAUCAAGUGAUCAUUCACACCAUGGGUGGCGUCUUCUACCAUGAAGAAAAGCCACCAAACCAUACCAAGAGAUGCAAAUUCAUUGCAGGGACUUUGAAAGAAGUGUUUUCACACUGUCAAACUUUUAGUUGUCUGAGGCUUUCAACUGCAAGCCUUGAGGAGGAGUGCCCCAUCAUUGAUGAUGUUGAUGAGGUGAUUGUUUCAGAGGUUAGAAGCCAAGUUAUGGAGAAACAAAAGCACAAGCCAAGCCCAUUGAGAGAAGGUUUUUCCUUGGCAUACUCUCCUGCAACAAGGGAACUGUAUGUCACUCACAGUCACACAAUGGCACCACAAGCAAGGGUGGUAGUAGGUGAUGAAGAACACGACGAAAGAGAAGAGUUUUUUUCGGUUAAAAGUUGUCUCUCGUGCUGUUCUUCGAGUGCUGUGAGUGACCAAGCAUUUUAUUCUGUGAAGACAAACCUGUCUAGAUGUUCAAGCAUGAAUGAGGUUGAAGUCUCAGAAUAUUGGAGACGUUCAAUAAUUCAAGAGUUUUGCCACUGCGAGGGAUGGCCUUUUGGGCUGAGCCGUAAAGCUGUGUUACUUCCACCACUGCCUAAGUCACCGUCUGAGUCAUGGUUGUCGCGCAAAAUACAACGAAGUACCAAAGUUACCUGAAUUUAUUUGGCUUUUACAUGUUCUGUUUUUUCCUGUCUUCAUAUAUAGACUAUAUGAACUCUCGCACAAUUAAGUAACACUUGAUUGAUCAAUAAUCUUUCCAAAAUAACACGAUCUUCGAUGGCUAACUGGCUGAA